AUGAGUAAUAAGACAUUCGUAUUCGAUGGAGAUAAAAAAGAAAGUAAAACAAUAUUGAGACUCUUGGAAUACUUCGGGAUCAACCGAUCCGUUGAUGUCAAGUUAAAUUAUUUCAAUGACAUUGACGACAUUUCUCAACGUGUUAUUGACGAAUACAAACUUGAUAUUAAACUAAAUGAUCUAAGGCUCAACGCGUCUCUUAUGCCUGACUCUCACAAUUCUUCUGGCAUUCAAGCUUACUAUUAUUUUGCAUUUAUUUUCGACGACUUGAUGAUUUUCAGAGGACUAGACUACAUUGAUCUUAUCAAAGGUCUAGAAGGUAGAGAGAAUAGCUUACCUCCUCUAGUAUCUGAAAUGCUAUCUCUUUUCAUGAAUCACUGGAAGAAAGACUUUAAAGACAAAUAUACUUUAUUACGAACUGAAGCGAUUACAUGGGCGACCGCUGUGAAUCAGCAGUUACAAGUAUCAUUCAAUCAGAAUGAAUACUUCAUCUUUAAGCUCAAAUGUCACGCAUCCUACCUAACCCUUGUUCUGAUGUUUCUGUUGAGAGAUGUUAAUUGCACUUACCUGGAAUACCGAACAUUGCAAACUACAUUCGAGAUGUUCAUGUUCUAUAUCAAUGAACUCGCCUCAUGUCUUCGUGAGAAGGAUGUUGGAGAACUCACAUCGGUAGAUAAAUUGUUCAAUACAAGUGAUUUCUCCAGAAUCUCCGAGUACUGCACCCAAGAGAUCUAUAAAACUAUGAAAGAGUUCGAGGGCAAGUGCAAUCUUAUGGUAUCAUUAGAAUUUUCGAGGUUAUGCAAGAAUACAGUUUUUGUACAUCUAGCUUCAGAAAGAUACGAAAAAUUUUUCUUUGAAAAGAGUUUGCAAUAA